AAUGUGGCUCUCAACUGUUCUGUCAAGGGGAAGCUAACCCUGCACCAACCACCUUCACCUGGUACCAAGGAGAUGUCAGGCUGCAGAACGGGCCCAAUCCGAUCUACACCCUCGGUCAGUGUGACUAGAUCCAGUAGGGGUCGGUACAGAUGUACGGCAGAUAAUGGCAUAUCUCCACCAGGACAGGCUAAUGUGAAAGUCAAAGUCCACUAUCCACCAACCGUGCACGUUGCUGAUACCAAGAGAGUGGUCCGUGAAUUAGAAGAUUUGACUAUCCAAUGUACAGCAAAAGCAAAGCCGAACGUGACGUCAGUAGUCUGGACAAAGGAAGGUGUAGGUGCAAGGAUCUCUGACAAUGGGACUCUUCAUCUGAAGAACAUACAGAAGGAUGACGCAGGAGUAUAUGUCUGUACAGCAACCAACAAGGUCAAUCCUGCUCGGGAAGACGACAGACAAAACGCUCGUCUGGAACUGUUACACUGGAGGUGCAAUAUGCGCCUUCGAGUAGAACGUUUUGGUGUCACGUCUGGGGCCGGAAACACGACGGUCAGGGGAACACGACAACGUGACACUGCAGUGUGACGUCACAAGUAACCCGGCUUCAUCCAUUGAGAUCAAAGACACGACGUCCAGUAUAGGAAGUAGCAGGACCAGCAACCGUGACCGUCAGACUCUCACCACGAUGCUGCUAAGUGUGUCCUGUCUUG